GGGAAGGAGGACUGCGUUUCCCGGGCUGCCCCGGGGUGGCGUUUGAGGAAGAGAGGGAUGAGCGAGGCGAGCAAGAGCCGUUGAGCUGAGGAGUGUCAGGUGCAGGAUGUAUACUUUGCUGUCUGGGCUUUACAAGUACAUGUUCCGGCGGGACGAAUAUUGCAUCCUGAUCCUCGGACUGGACAAUGCUGGGAAAACGACCUUCCUGGAACAGACUAAAACAAGAUUUAAUAAGAAUUACAAAGGGAUGACCUUAUCCAAAAUCACAACUACUGUGGGCUUGAACAUUGGCACUAUCGAUGUGGGCAAAGCCAGGCUCAUGUUCUGGGAUCUUGGAGGACAAGAGGAACUUCAAUCACUCUGGGAUAAGUAUUACGCAGAGUCCCACGGUGUUAUCUACAUUAUCGAUUCCACUGAUGAAGAAAGGCUUUCGGAAUCCAAACGAGCUUUUGAGAAGAUGGUGACCAGUGAAGUUCUGGAAGGUGUCCCAUUGUUGGUUCUGGCCAACAAGCAAGACGUAGAGAACUGCCUGUCGAUACCUGACAUCAAGACUGCAUUUAGUGACUGCAUCAACAAAAUCGGGAAAAGAGACUGCCUCACCCAAGCCUGUUCCGCUCUCACUGGCAAAGGAGUGAAUGAGGGGAUCGAGUGGAUGGUGAAGUGUGUGGUGAGGAACAUUCAUCGCCCCCCGAGGCAGAAGGACAUAACGUAGAGAACCGUUGGAAGAACUGAGCGCCGACACCUUUGUCCUGCACAGACUCCUGCUCUUUAUCUUUCUCCCUUCCUCCUCCUCUCUCUCAGGGAGAGAUCCCCAGAACUCCUGGUUCCGUCUUAGCUGGCGUGUGUUGAAGGCACGCCUGUCCUCUUUUCGUGUCUCGCAAGAGCGCUCCUCAGCAGCGAAGGCUUCUCACUCAAGUCUUUAGCUUGCGAUCUCUCCGAAGCCCACAGUACAAAGUCAUCCUCUUUGCGUGGGCAUCGGUGCCCCGUAAGGGUUCUGACUCCUUCCGCGUUGCUUUUACCUGUGGGGCUGAAAAUUCUUGGGCGGUUAGUUGAACGGAAACAGGCGCUUGAAGUAUUGGAAAUGUCACAUUCCAGUUGAUGUCUGUUUCUAAAUCAAUGUCCGAGUCUGUUUGUAUGGCAAAGGAGCAUUGAAAGUGGGGUAUGACUGUUCCGUGGAAAGAAAGAAAGCUUUUCACAAACCCUGGGAGCGGAGGGUAGGAGGAAGGGCUGGUGCGAGUGACCCUGCUUCCCCUCUGAUUAAUAUACAGGGUCAACAUUGAUUUCUAAUCUUUAAUUUCCAGUAUCUGCUGGAUUGCAGACAUAAAAGCCGCAGUCUGCAGUCUGAUGCAUACUCCCACGAUGAACUGUGCCAGAUGGAAACUCUCUUC